AUGGCCAACAGAACGCCUCCUUCAACUCAAGGCCAUGACCGGGUUGAAUUCUACAGCUGCGAAACGAGCGUCGCGAGGAUCGAGAGAGCCGGCUGGAACAUCCCACAGCCCACCAAAUGGAAAUCUCGGGACCUGAAUGGCGCCAUCAAUUUCAUCACACAGCCGUCUCAGGCAUGUGGCAGGCAUACUGAAAAACAUGGGGAAGUGAUUGCUAACGGUGUUUUGAAAAGGGAUAGACGGGAACUGCUCACCAGUAAUCGGUUCAGAAUCCUAAUCGUCAAUUGCCCUCAGCCUUCAGCCGGGCCAUCCUUGAUCGAAUCGUCCUCAUCCUCCGACUCGUCGUCUCCAGCCAAGUCAGCGCUGACCAAGUCAAAGCCACCCGACAAUCACGAACCGGAAGACGAUCCUCUGUGUCGAGUCCUUAAAGUGGCGCGCAACAGCGACUGGAUCGACGAGCACUUCGACUCGUACGUCAAGAACAACACGGCCAGUUCGGCGGUUUUCGAUAGCCCCGAGAGCAUCAGGCUGAUUGCACAGUCCCCGAAGGACGAUGGCUUUCCGUUCUUCUCGCUGGCCUUCACACAGCGCUUUUCCGAAACUCGUCAGUGCGAUUCUGACUGGGAAUGCCUCGUCUUCUUUCGACCCGCCGGCCUCUGGGACCAUCACGUCGUGCCCUUGCUCACCCGCAACCCUUUCCCACACGACUACCCGGAACCUCUCCAGCCUGAUUUCAUGGUGCUGCCGGUGACGCUCCUGCGGUGGCAGGUGGACGACAUCAUCAACGAGCUGAACAAGGACAAGAAAUCCCUCAUGAACCACGACCGGGGUUUUGGUUCGAAAUCGGUCGAGGAGUUCAAGAGCAUCAAGAAAGUCCUGUUUGAACUGCGACAGAAGAACUUCUUCCUAAGUCACCGAAGGGACUUUGCGAGAGAGCUUGCAGAAACUCUGCAAGAGACCUUUCGGGCCAUCGAAAGGCGGCAUUCGAGCCCGGACGAGACGGCCGUGUAUUCCCCAUCAAUGAUUGCACGUGUGGCAAGCCAACAGGCCAUGUUGAAGAGCGUGGAACGCGAUUUGGAGACGACAGCUUCCAGGAUUCAGUCUCAACUGGAUUUUGCCGACGGACAAAUGAGAGAAGCUUUUGCGCGACGAAACAGCACCUCGAUGAGCGUCAUAGCUGUUGUAACAGUCGCUUUCCUUCCUGCCACCUUCAUGGCCACCGUCUUUAGCAUGGGCAUUUUCGACUGGCAUGCGGGACAGCCGGACAAUGAUACCACAAUUGUAUCAUGGUGGAUUUGGCUGUACAUUGUCUUGUCAAUCGUCUUGACGGCAAUCAUCGUCGUCGUUUGGCGAUUGGCGUCGAAACGCAUGCAGAGGAAAUUGGCAAAGGAAUCCGACGAAAAUUGGGAAGGAAAAUGGCCAUGA